AAAGCAAAGGUCCAUCUUGUAGCAACGGGCAGCCCGCUACGAGGUGUUCGACCAAUACCUGACCGAGUUCCAACCGUCUGCGGCAUUCGUCUACUGCUGAGUACUGACCCACUGCUUCUUCCUCCUGUUUGUUUACCUUAUGCACACAAUCACGAGUAGCCUCAUGAACUCUACACCUUUAUUCAAUUCUCAAUUCAAGAUAGCACCCAAAAAUCAUCAAAAUGCAUGCCGGCUACUCCCAAGAAUCCAAGCAACCUUAGCUCCUGAAGAGAAUACAAUGACCCUCAGAAGAAAAGUCGUCACAGCAUUUCUAUCAACUUCAGUAGCAGCAGGAGUGCAGGGGUUGGGCAACACAACCCCACCAGCAAUGGCUGAGAAUUGGGGCACACGUUCAUUCAUAUGGGAGAAGUUCUUUGAGCCAGACUUGUCCCCCGAGGAUGCAGCUGCCCGAAUUCGACAGACUGCUCAAGGACUUCAUAGCCUCAGGGAAAUGCUGGAGGCUAUGUCAUGGAACUAUGUCCUGAUGUAUAUACGUCAGAAGCAAUCCUAUCUUUCCAAGGACAUGAAAAAUGCAAUCGUUACCAUCCCAAGAGGCAGGUGGAAGUCCUACAUUGCGACUGCUAAUGAAUUGGUUGAUAACAUGGCUGAGUUCGAUAUUUAUGUUCGAACGCCCAAGGUAUAUGAAUCGUAUUUGUACUAUGAGAAGACGCUCAAGUCCAUAGACGAUCUCGUGGCAUUACUAGCAUAGCCAAAGUAAGUUUCACCUUCAAGGGGAACGCGUACACCCAACUGACGAGAAGUUUGGUGGAUUGAUCUUGCUGCUACAAUCUGCUUUGGAGGUAUCAGGACCCCAAUUUAUUAGUAUAGGAAAAUGGGAUGUGGAUUUUAACGUUACAUUUUGUUAUUCUGAAAACAUAACGAUGAACAGGUUCCAGUUGUUUCCACAAUUGUAGGAUGCCAAAAUAUGUACCAUUUGGAAACCCAGUGAUUGUAUGCUGAAGCCCUUCUUUUGGGAGAGCUGUAUGGAGAUUUCAUUUGAGGUCA